AUGUCUUGCUCCCUCGUAUCCCCUCCGACCUCAGCCUCCACCCCGACCCGCAAGCGUACGAUGUCGUUUUCCGCACCUUCGCCUAACAAACUUGCGCGUACUCCGCUGCGCCGCACGGGCUCCUACUUGUCGUUGCAGGAUAUGGAUGCUGCGGUGGAAACACCACUAUAUGGCCGUAAUGGCCCUCAGCGUUAUUCUUCGCCGCCCUGUGCCUCUUCGACAGACUGCUCGCACGUGGUACCAUACACACGCACUCUGCGACACUACAAGGAGCAGCGAGAGAAGCGGAAGAACAUGCUCCAUCGCGCAGCGGUGUUGAUGUCCAAGCCUUCAUCCACAUCCUCCGCUGUCUCAAUUACACCCUCAGGAGUAACGAUGCCCGCCGCUCGCACAAACUCUCCACUGUCACCAAUACAGUGCGUACGCCCCGCCCGCGCAUCAUUCCCACGCUCUAAACCCGAGCCCGACCUCUACCGCAUGGCGAUUACCACCCGAAUGCGCAUGUCCCCUGAGGGCCAGAAAAUACUGCACAUGGGUCCUCGCCUUGCCUUCUCGAUACACACAGCCACGAGAGAGCUCGAGAGUCUAGUUGCUACUGAACGGGAGGACUGGGAGAUGAUCGAUGAAUGCACGUAG